CUACUUCGUAUGCAUAAGCGUGCCUGCAUUUCGUAGCGUUUUGUGCGAACGUAGACCCGACUGGUUUUCCCGUGAUUUCUUGACUCCUUGUCGAAAUUUGAAGCUUUUGAUUCGUGGGUUUCUACGGAUUUUCUCGUGGGUCUGUUUGUUUCCUGAGAAAAUAAAAAUAUGGGAAAAUCAUGCAGUGCUAAGAUCUAAAACUUCAAGGUUGGAUCUUUUCCGUGGGAUUUAGAUCAUGGGAAAGGAGAAUGCUGGAUCUGGCAAUGCCAUAUCGCUCCAUGGCCGCCCUUUUACGCGUGCCUUUGCGUCUACUUUGCGUUCUUCGGGACAGACAAAACCUUCAGAAGUGCCUACAAGACAGAAUCAGCAACGGGUGCCGAGAGCUAACACGAAAAGAGCAGCCUUGGAGGAGAAGAAAAGCAAUGCACCUAAGAAGCGAGCCAUUCUAAGGGAUGUCACCAACAUUAGCUGCGAGAGUUCAUACAGAAGUUGCUUCAAUGUCGCUAAAGUUCAGGCGAAGGCCAUCAACCAGUUCAAGAAGGGACGGGCGAGUACAUCGAGAGUGGCACGUUCUGGUACUUCAGAAGAAUCUGAUCUUCAAUCCAGGACAGAAGCAACGGCUGUUGAACAGAGUAGGACAGUCGAGUCUGAACUGAGUAAAGCGUCAAAUUCGGCAAGAAACCCGUGUUUUUCUUCAGGCACGAGCUUAGUCACAAACGAAGGAGCAGCUAGCUGUAUCGAGAAGCUGAAUUCCAGAUUGCCUCCUCGACCCCCUGGGAAAUCAGCUUAUAAAGUGGAGAAGAAUGAUGUUCCCGGCAGUUUGACAGCGUUGGAUAGUCCGGAAUUCAUAGACAUUGAUUUGGAUCACAAGAACCCUUUACUCUGCAGCUUUUAUGCACCUGAAAUCUACCACAAUCUGCGUGUUGCAGAACUUAACCGUAGACCUUAUCCCGGUUUUAUGGAGAGAAUACAGAAGGAUAUCACCCAAACCAUGCGGGGAAUUCUGGUUGAUUGGCUUGUGGAGGUCUCUGAGGAAUAUACACUGGUGCCUGACACUUUGUACCUCACAGUAUAUCUUAUAGACUGGUUCCUUCAUGGAAACUACAUUGAAAGACAGAGACUUCAAUUGCUUGGCAUCACUUGCAUGCUGAUUGCUUCGAAGUAUGAAGAAAUCUGUGCACCACACAUUGAAGAGUUCUGCUUCAUCACGGAUAAUACUUACACAAGAGAUCAGGUGCUGGAAAUGGAGAGCGAAGUGCUCAAGUAUUUUGGCUUUCAAAUAUUCACUCCCACUUCGAAAACAUUCCUCAGGAGAUUUCUUCGAGCAGCUCAAGCUUCUCACCCGAACUCGAGUCUCGAACUGGAGUUUCUAUCCAACUAUCUGACAGAAUUGACGUUAAUAGACUACGAUUUCUUGAAGUUUCUUCCUUCUGUUAUCGCUGCUUCUGCUGUUUUCCUUGCAAAGUGGACCUUGGAUCAAUCAUGCCACCCUUGGAAUCUGACUCUGGAGCAUUACACAACGUAUAAAGCAUCGGAUCUCAAAGAAUCGGUUUUCGCCUUGCAAGAGUUGCAGCUGAACACCAAAGUAUGCCCCUUGAACGCUACACGCAUGAAGUACAGACAGGAGAAGUUCAAAUCCGUGGCUGCUCUAUCUUCUUCGAAGCUGCUUGACACGCUGUUCUAAAGGACUAAACCAAGCGGUUCAUCUCUUAACCGAUAACACAUUUUUUUUUGUCAUAUUGAUCUUUUAAUCAAGCCAAAAAAAUCGUUGUUCAUAAAACUAGUUCGACUUUUCCACUCAUCUCUACCACAAAUCCGGUCUAAUUUGGUUUGGUUCUAUUUGAGUUUAGAACUUUAGAUUGGUUUGGUACCAAAUCCGGUUAAACUUAAACCGGUAGCAGCACCAGAUUAGUUUAUUUGUAUCACUGGGAUGUACAUUAUUACAGAGUCGAUCUUUCUAUGUCUUUUUCCGGACA